UACAUGAAGCAUUUCAAAAUUCUGAAGGCGCUAUUACACUUCAAAAUGGACGUCGAAGAUAGUGAAAAUCGGAAGAAGAAACAAGGCAACGCUAUUCAGACAUGGGGCAAUGCAAUGACCAUGAAUAUAAACAAUAUGAUUCAUACGAAUAUCCUGUCAUCGCCUUAUUUUAAGACUGACCUUUUUACACUGAAAACAUAUCAUGAAGUGGUUGAUGAAAUCUAUUAUAAGGUCAGUCAUCUUGAACCGUGGGAAAAAGGAAGUAGAAAGACGUCUGGUCAAGUUGGAAUGUGUGGAGGGGUACGAGGUGUAGGAGCUGGUGGUAUUGUUUCUUCAUGCUACUGUCUGCUCUUCAAAAUGUUUACAUUGAAACUAACAAGAAAGCAACUGAAAGGAUUGAUUGAUCACUGCGAUUCCCCAUACAUUAGAGGAAUAGGGUUUAUGUACAUCAGGUAUUGCCUUCAACCAAAAGAGCUUUGGUCUUGGCUGGAACCUUAUUUAGAAGAUGAAGAGGAACUGGAUGUUAAGGCUGGUGGGGGUUGCACAAUGACAAUUGGACAACUUGUCCGUAGUUUUUUACUUAAAUUGGAAUGGUAUGGGACGCUAUUUCCUAGGAUCCCUGUGCCUGUUGAGAAAGACAUUAGAGAGAGGCUGACAGAGCUGAAUCUUUGUGAUGAUCACAAGAGGAAGGCUGAUGAAGGUUGGGGGGAGGCUGAGCGCUAUGCCAAAUCAAAACGGGAAGAAGAUGGGGAAUAUAGAACAAGGGGUGAAGCUGAUUUUGGUGAAGCUGAAAAGUAUUCAAAAAUGCAUCAUCGAAGCAGAAGUCGGGAUCGUUCUGUGCGAGAUGAACGCCCAAGGGAAGCACGUAGAAGAAGAAGUCCCAGUGUAGAAAGACCAAGUCGAAACGUAGAUAGACGAAGCAAAAGUCGCGAAAGGUCACCACGGCGGAGAAGCCCGCGUAGACGUAGCCGCAGUGCUGAACGUGCACGCCAUAGACAAAGCCGCAGUGGUGACAGGUCAAGAAGAAGUGACAGAAGAAGUCUGAGUAAAGAAAGAGUUAGAAAUAGAUUAAGAAGAAGUCGGAGUCGAGAGAAAAGAAGUCGUAGCAGAGACGCUGUUUCCAAAGAGAGGCAGGCAAAACAUGGUGAUAAGGUGCGUACGGGUAGGAGGUCAAGCAGAAGCAGAAGCAGAGACCUUGAAAGGACGCGAAGGAGUUUGAGCCGAGACAGAAGAAACCGUGGCAGAGACAUGAGAAGCCGUAGCAAAGAGAAGGCUCAUAGGAGUUACAGUAAUGAAAGGUCAAGGGAAAGUAGAGAAAGAAAGAGCUAUAGUAAGGAUAGGUACAACUCCGAGAAGAAGAUUCCCCGAGAGGAUGAUGGUUUGGAUGCACAAAAUGGUAAAGAUGUGAAUGACAGGAAAAGCACUUCCAAAGAUCGGCCAAGAUCCUCUGAAGAUGAUAACAGGAAAUUGCAGUCGAAAAGGGAAAGAGACCGAAGCUCGAGCUUAGGAAAAGACAAAAAAUCGAGAGCAGCUCAAGUUCAAGAUGGUGUUGAUGAAAAAUCGCGAAUAGAAGAUGACGAUUUAGAAGCAGGUGAAUUGCGGGAUGGGAGCGAGGUGGAAGAAGAGCGCCAUAAAAAAAGCAAAUCGAAGCAAAAGAAAAAGAAAAGCAGGCGUAAAGAAGGAGACGAAGAUGGAGACACCGGCAAAAGAAAGCACAGGCACAAGAAGACGAAGAAGAAGCACAAGGAAGACAUUCAUAUGGAAGAAGAGAGCUAGCCUGUCAAUGAUAAGCUCUUGCAACAUACUGAGAUGAAAUAAUUGUUUUUAAUGACCUGAAAAGAGGCAUCUUAUGCAUGGGUUCUUCUUGCCGGAUCCCCUUCCGUCGAUUUGCUUACAUGCUUUCGUGAGUUAUUCAAAAGGACAGAUGUCAAUUUUAUGGAGUCAGUUUUGCAAAAUGGGAUUCCUUGCAAAAAACAGUUGUUACUUUAUGAUUUUAUCUUUUACAACUACAUAUCAAGGUAGAUUUUUUCCUUUUAAAAUUGCAUUGUAUUA